GACGCCGGCGCGGCGCGGCGGAGGGAGCUGUUACCGGCCCUGGCUCCCACCGCCUCCCGGCUCCGGAAGGGCUACCAGCCCCUUUCCCCCUCUUCCCGCAGGGACCGCUGGCGCAGAGCAGCGGGAUGGAGGCGGGAGACGGCGGGAGACGGCGGCGCGGCAGCUCCGCGCUCCCCGCACGGGGAAGGGCGACGGCCGCUUACCGGGUCUGGCAUCCGCGUGAGCGGCGCCGCGGCGGCUGCCGCGGACAAAGCGCGGGGCGGGGGGAGGCAGAAGCGGCGGGGUGGCCUGGGCCUCCUCCUCCUCCUCCUCCCUCUGCUCCGCCGGCCUCGCCCCGCCGGGACGCGGAGCCCCGGGCGCCGUACGCGGGAGCGGCGGGCAGGGCGGCAGGUGCCGGCGGCGCCGAGCCGAGCCUUGCGCCGCCGCAGCCGCCCGGGUUACGGUGCGGGGCGAAGGGAGGAGCCUGCGCCGCGCCGGGCGAGCGGCGUGGCCGCGUCCCGCUCUGCGCCGCGGGGUCCGGCCGCCGCCGCCGCUGUAGCCCCGCGGGGGCGAGAGGGAGCGGCGGCGAGCGCAGGCAGACGGGCCCGGGGGUGCAGCUCACCUGGCGUGUGUGUCCCCCCCGCACCUCCGGCGGUCGGCCCGGCCACGCCUGUGUGCCGGAGGAUACGCACACCUCACCUGGGCUCUCCUGAACUUUGCAGCGGGCUAACUGGGAGCAAACACUCUUAGCAGCCUUGCUGAGGAGGCUGUCUGUGAGCAAGGAGGAAGAGGAGAAGGGGUAAAAUGAAGGUGUAGUGGUCGGUGUAGGGCUGUGGUGCCUGGGAAGAGGGAUGCUGGACAGGAGAAACUUCCUCCCCUAAGGCAAAGGAGAUGUUGAUCAUACUGAUGUCUUUCCUGUGGCCCAAACCUGGACAUGGAAGUCUUAGAUGUGGUCUAAGAUACUUGUUUUUGGCUCAUCCUACCCCCCCAAACAUGGUAAGGGCAUUUCCCUUUUAGUCCUUUCGUUUUGUGCAAGGCCAUUCUGGCUGCUGGGCAUCCCAGCUUUGAAGUACCACUGUUGGUGCUGGUGGCUGUGGAGUGCAGCAACAGGUCUUGGUCCUGCUUUAAGAACAGGAGGGACUGAUCUGGGCAAGGAACAACUUGUUGCUGGCUGUUAGAGGCUCCAGCCUAUGCCAUGGAAGGGUUUCAGUGGGGCUGUUGAGUUAAUCCCAUCCUGAAGCAGACAUGGAAGGGACACUUACAGUGCUGCAAGGAGUUUGUCUGGGUAGCUAACAGUUUUCCAAGGUGAAGUGUGAAGAGUGGGUAUUCCUGUUGUUCAGAUAGGAGACUGCAUUUCUGAUGAAUGGCAAUAAGAAGAUAAAGUUUGGUUGUAGGAAACUUUGGUAAGUGCAGCGCCUAUCUAAUGAGUAUUUGGAAAUUGUCUUCUGUUUAAAAAACUUGUAAAACUCAGGUCAGAUGUGAGGUGAUGUUAGGCUGGUUUAGAUGUUCAGUGUUGAAGACACUGCACAUUGUGUUCUUUCCCAAGCAGUGUUGGUCACAGACCGGAGUGCUUCACUGUAACCUCUUGCAGGGUGUGUCUGUGGCUGGUUCCUGUACAGCACAGGAAGAUGCUCUAGGAAAGUUUGAACUUGAUGUCCUGGAGUGGCCCUUGGUGGCUGUUUCCGGGCUGACUAAGCCUAAUUUCAGAUCUCUGUCCACACAACCAGAUUUUGAGGCACUGCUAGAUCCACCUUCAUUCACCUCCCUAAAAGGGCAGUCCCCAGCAUCUGCCCAGUACUUUCUAUAGUUGGGCAGAGCUAUGUGCUCUGGUUCGUGAGGAAUCUGAGUUCCAGCUCACAGUUAGCCCUGAUUCUACAGCAAGGAAAAGGCACAACUGGUCAGGGUGGAAGGAGUUUGCGGUUGCAAUUCUCCUUUUUCCCCCUCCCAUUGUAUGUUUUGUACAACAUCACAUUGUCAGGUUCAUCCUGUAUGUGUUGUCUGAAUGUUGAAUGGUGCUGCAGAUAUGUGAAUGGGAGCAGAGGUGAAGGACUUUGCUGCCAGACACUUCAAAGAGGUGGACGCUUCCUCUUUGGCAAGCUGGAAUUCUAGAUCCUACUCCUUCUGUCUUCAGACCAGAGCUCUUGUCUGUUUUUAGAAAAGUUUUGCAUAUUUUCCAAAUCUCAGCCCAGAAAAUCCUCUAUGUUUUUCUAGCUCUCUGUGAACAAGAAAAACAACAGAAUCAAUGGGGGGAGACCCACCUACUGAUCAGAUUGGAACAUGAAUCAUUGUGAAUAAGUGUCCUAACAUUACCUGCAGUUGUGCCUUCAGAGUGACCGAUAUAAUACACAUCCUUCUGUCCAGUUUUAUUCAUGAUGAAGUACAGCUCUGCUGGAAUAUCAUAUUUACCCAUUUCAUCAAAGCUAAAGGGAGAAACACAAAAAGCUUGCAGAUAAUUCAGCCAUCACAGUGUGAGUUACUGAAUGUCAGUUUUGUUGCUUGUACUCAGCAGGACCCAUUGAAGGAUGAGGUUGCAGGCUGUGUCUGCUUGAUUUGGGGAAGUGGGCAGAGGGACGCAGCUAUACAGCCAGGCUGCCUGAUGCCUUGGGCUUUCUGUGGAGCAGAUGCCAGUUUUGCCUGACAGCUGCAGCCCUUGGGGAACUGAAUUUAAUCAAUGCUUUCACCAGCAUGAGUUACAAGAAUUGUUUUUCUCCCAGUUAACAUCAUUUGUGGUAGAUCAGAUUUCUCAGCAGAGCUGAUCAGUCUCCUUUCUGCGCUUGGAACAUGGUAAUGGGGUGAGACUUCAAGGCUACAGAUGCCUCCCAGUUUCGGAAGCCUGUUCCCAAAGAAACCAGCAUGGUAUAUGGACAGAGGUGAUCUGGGUACUUCCAGCUUUGCUUCUGUAUGUGCUGAUUCCAAAAGAGCCCAUCCAGAUCAUGUAGUCCUUCUUAUGAGCCCCCUGACAUACCCAGCAUUGGCUGUAUCUGUGGAAAAGAGUUGGUCUAGUCUUCUUAGAUGUUGCAUGUCCCACUUGGAAGUCAGAUUAUAUGAAAAACAGUAGUGUUUUCAUAUAGUUCAAAAGGUAUUUUUUUCAUAGAACCAGAAGGGGAAAGGUUCUGCAUUUUGAUAGUAAUCACCUAAUCUUGCUAGUUCCCUGAAUGUUGCUUUCUUCAGUAAUUCUUUUUCCAUAGAGUACCUGAACUGCCAGAACUCUUUCUGACAGGGCUUAAGGGUCUUGUCUUUUAAAGACCAGGUGUCUCCUCGGCUGUUUCCCAUCUAGACAUCAUAGCCAGCGUCUACAAGAAUGAAGCCUAGGCUGUUGACGGGCAGGUUAGAAAUCCAGUUAAUAGAAUCUGCUAGAACACCAUCGUGUAGCAAAAGUGCAGGCUUUUUCCCUAAAACAGAAGAGGUUUUCUUAGGCUGUAGUAGUAGCUAAUGUGUAGUUAAAACUGAGGUGCAGAAUCUGUUUUUUCUGGAGUGUUUUAACCCAUGUACAGAAUUUAUGCCACGUUUUAGGCUGAAUGACUAGGUGCCUUUGCAGAGAUGGAAAGGUAUGGAACAUACCACUGCGUGUGCAAAGGGAAAAGAUGGGGAACCCAUGUAAGAAUUGUCUCUCAGACCUUCCUUAUGUCCUACAACUGUCAUACCUGCAUUUUGGCUGUUCCUUCCAUCAGGAAUUCUGAAAACACCAAGAACGUAUCCAUCCUCUGUUGUAACUUCAUAUUCCUUGCUGGGGUAUCCAUGAUACCUGAUAAUUUCACUCCGUGGAAAGCCAAAGGACAGUUUAUUAAGAUGCAUUUACAGUGUAGAUAUUGGUGUAGAAGGUGUUUAGAGGCUGCUUCUGUCCAGGAACAUGAACGUAACCAAGAAUAUGCCAGUAAGAUAAAUGUGAUAACAUAUUGCUAGCUUUUCUCUACUGCUGUGUGUUAUACUGGUAGAAGGGUACACCAAAAGGGAUUCCUGCAGGGAAAAAAAACAAACUACAUCUCUCUCUUUCAUGGAUGAUCCAAUAUAUGCCAUACCUUAACCACGGAGGCCAGAGGAUGCAAACGGCAGUGAGAGUAGUUGGGGUGUGUUUCUGUGAUGUGGUUUGUGUACACUACAUUGUGCUGUAUGAUUCAAAUUGCAAUAAUUUUUGUAGCAUUGGUACUCAAGCACUACACAGACUUACAAGAGUAGCAGAAUGCAGUAAAGUGUUCUUCAGACUUGCUUAGAUGGUAGUUGUCUGGUGUUUGACCUCCUAUUGUGGGACAAAAAAGAACUGUACUGAGUGACUAACCUUUUGGGAGAUAUUUUGUCAUGUUUUGCAAGGCUGAUACAGGUUGUAUCUUUCUAGAGAGUAACCAUGCAUCAGUAUCUCUAUCUUCAUGAGGGAGGGACUUCUCAAUUAUUUUUAUUUUUUAUUAAAUCUAUCAUAUCCCUUGAGUCACUAGAACAUUUGGAUUAAACCACAACUUGGAUAUAUCCUUAAUAUUGACAUCCAAACUCACUGUAGUCCACUUUGUAGGAGAAUACUCCAAUUCUUCUGUCAGUAGAAUAGAAAUCCUUCCACCUGUGUGCUCUGGAAGCUCAGUUUUAUAGUAGAUAUUCCACUGCUUUCUGCAGUUUCGUUCAGUUCAAACAAAAGUAAAACACAUUCCUCUAUUUCUGCAUGCGGAGCAUUGUUUAGGAACAAAACUGGAAAGUUCAGCAUAGGUCACAGUUUGAUUUUGUACUAAAGGUGAGGCAGUAGGGUAGCUAAAUUGUUACCAUUUUUAGGGUAUGUUUUUUCUAUGUAUUGAAUGGUCACCUGACUAAGCUGGCAUGUUUUAAGCCUUUUAUCUGAAUGUUUUCUAAAUUAGAUAUAAUGCACCAAUUAACUCCAAGGCUUGGCAAACACUGUCUCCUUAAUUUCAGUGGCCAAGUCUUGACUGUUGGAGCCUGGAACAGUAAUCUAGUCUUUUUAUGCAAUGGAACAGUGCCAAACAGUGGCAUUUACCAUGGCAAACUGGAAUUAACUGAAAUAUUAAAAAAAAAAAAAAGUAGAGGAAGGUAUCUGAAAGAUACAUUGAAAAUGCCAUUUCUGGAGACUUUUGAUAUUUAAUGAAAAUAACCUUAAAACUUUUAGAAAUUCAUCAGAGUACUCUUGAGAGGGUCAUAACGUUUUUUUUUUCACAUGCACUGUAAAUGGGACAGAAAGGCACCAGGUCAUUUAAUGUGCUUACCAGAUGUUAGAAUUGCCAGGUUAACUUACAAGGAAAACUUAAAUGGAUUUGGAGCUAUAAUAGCAAAAUGUUCAAUUUAUGUACACGUUUUCAAUGCUGAGAUUUUCAUGCGUCCACAGUGAUAUCCCAAGGGAAGAAAACCCAAGUAGAACAAAAUUAAACUAUCAGUUAUUCCUUUUUCCCAUUUCCAUGGGUCAAAGACUUCUUCCUCUUCUCCUUUAGCAAGCAUGCACUUUGAUGUAUAACAUCAGGCUUGCAGCUCUGAAAGGAUGCAGGCUGGCUGCUCUGACAAGCAACUGCACAGAAUCAAGACAGCACAUCUUUAUGGAGACAGGCAGCAGAGGGAGGGACCAUGGGUAUAUAUGUACAUGUUUCCUACAUGCUGAGUAGGUGACAGUCUGCCCAUGUACUGAAUCUUGGCAUCUUUUGGACAAAAAAGACAUAUUCAACAACAACAACAACAACGAAAAUCAACAUUUUCAGGAUUCUAAUCUAAUUAUAAGCAUGGCAAAGAACACUAAAGCGUAUGUGUAACAGAAGUGAACCUGUGACUAUAUAGCUUUGCUUGAGUCUCAUGCCUCAUCAUGGUUGAGCUGCUUAUCUGUUCUGCAACUGAAGCUCUAACCAAAGUGCUUUGCAAGAGGACCUGAGAUGUGAUGCUGGAUUAAAUAGUAAUUUACACUCUCUUGGGAGAAAUGUUGCCUGAAGCUAUUACUCUGAUUUGUAGAGGAUGGUCUUCUUUUUUUUUUUUGUUAGUUUGUUUGUUGUUUCUUUAAAAUAGUUUUUUAGAUUACUAUACAUUUGUUUAUUUGUAUUAGGAAAGGAUUAAUUAAAUUACUAAAUUGUUAUAUGUAACUUCAUAGUGAUUUGACGAGUCUUUCAACAAGUUGUAGUUGAGAAAUUUCAACAACCUGGCCAGCUGAUGCAGGAAGAUGUGAAUUCCUUAGGAGCUGGAUGUGAAGAAGUACGGGUGAGGAAUACCUUUUCACCUUUGAGGUGUUACUCACUCCUCCACGUUGUUAGUCCUACUGAAUUUUCACCACGUGCUGAAAGAGCAAUCUAUUGUGAGGAUCCUAGUGAGUUUGUCACAGGUAGAUGUCUGUUUCUGUUACAUGUCAAUGUAAUUUUCUUCAGAUAAACAGCCAUUAAAACUGGUGUCAGCAAACAAACACUACAGCCAUGGUGUUAUACUAGUACUUUAAUUGGAGAAGGAUAGAGAUAGUAUAAGUAAUUUUAUAUGGUCCUCCACCUCAUUGGAGAAUAAAUAUGAAAGUUAUGUGGAAAUUAAAGUUCUCAAAUGUAAGGUAAAGGGCUUGGAUUUAAGAUGCAUACUUACAUGCAUAUGUUUUAAAACUCGUUUUAAAAUUUGCUUGAAAUACAGGAAACAUGAAUUUAAAAUAUAAAGGGAAAAGAUAUUUUGAGGUGAGUGCAGACACUUGAAAUACACAUGCCCUACUCAGAAAGCCUGAGUGUAGUACAGCAUCUUAUCAUCAGAGCCAUCAACUAUAAUUCUCUUCUGAAUUAACAUAUAAAAUUAUCAGGUUAAACAUGAAUCAUAUUCAUUGUUUGGGCUGGGCUAGGAAGAGAAGACUGAGCAAAAAGUGAUGAAAGCAGAUGGCCUGUUUAAUUAGAGACUGAGGAUAAUUAUACUGGGAGGUCUCAUUAAAGGCGUGGGAUUUAGUUGCUUCCCUUUUCCUGACAGGAGUCUUGAGAGGUUCUUGCAGAGCAUUGGGAAUAUGUUUUAGUCAGAAGUAGCUUGUGUGGCACACUAGCUACCAUUUGUAGUUACUUAUUUUAAGUUUUAGAUUUCAAGCUUUUUAUUCUAUUCUCCAUUUCUUCACUUGUGAAGCUUUCUUCCUCUCUCUCUCUCCCUCCUCCUCUCCUCAACCUGUUUUGCUGCUUUCCUUUCUAGGCAACUGAAGGAUGUUAUUGCAAAAAUGACAAAGGAAAAUGCUUCUGUGUUGUAACUUGUUCUGUCAGUCUUCUGCAAGCUGCUGUUCUCACGUUUACCUCCCUGGGUUGGGUUUCUGAAGACAAUUGUUUUAUUCUACCGAGUAGAAUGCACUGAAAGGAAAUGUAGCAUAAGAAAGUGUGAUACUUUUAAGUUAAAUAUUAACCAGAUUCAAACAAGCUCAAGAGCAUUUCAAGUGUGGUUAACUUGUUGGGCGGUUGAACAAGAACCAACGAACUCAAGCAGUGAAGAACAGGCAUGGGGAUACUCUACUCAGAGCCCAUUUGUCAGGCAGCUUAUAACAACGAUUUCAAUAAAGUUCAGUUCCUUUUGGAGCGCAACUGCAACUAUCUGAAUAUCCAGGACAGCUUCAGUGGAGACACCCCCUUAAUUUGUGCAUGUAAAAAGGGAAACAACAGGAUAGUUAGCUAUCUUCUAAGAAGACAUGCUGAUGUCAACCUCAGAAAUAAGAAGGACCGCACUUGCCUGCAUUAUGCUGUGAGAAAACGAUUUACCUUCCUUGACUAUGUGCUCAUCAUAAUCCUCAUGCCAGUUAUGCUUAUUGGAUAUCUUCUCAUGGUCUCAAAGACUAAACAGAAUGAAAACCUGAUCAAGAUGUUGCUCAGAGCUGGAGCUGAUGUGAAUGCUACAGACUCUUCUAGUAGCACAGCCCUUCACUAUGCUUGUGAAAUGAAAAAUCAGGAAGUCAUUCCUCUACUGCUUGAAGCUCAUGCAGACACUUCUGUAAAGAAUCAGGAUGGGGAGACUCCCUUAGAUAUAGCAAGAAGACUGCAGUUCCACAACAUUGAAAGCAUGCUAAGAAAAGCUUCCUAGUCAUCAAGGACUCUCAAACAUGCAGAAAAUUACCUCAUCUGACAAUGCAUCUUGCAUAACAGCAAAUGUCCAACAGAGGGUGAAGGCUGUUACUUGAUAAAAACUUGGUCCACAUCCACCCAUUCCUUGCUGUAGACUUCGACAACUUUGUGUGAGACUUGUCAGUACCCCCAAGGCCAUGUGUGGAGUGAAAGGAGUUAAUUUGAUUUUACUGAGCCAUGAAUGAUUGCAAUAGUGGUCAAAAUAUUGCCCUUCCCAUCUGCUUCAUCAGUCUUAUUACUUGACUUCUGUAGUCUGUGGAUUUUGAAAGCUAACUAUAAAAUAUCUGGAAGCCUAAAUAUUGCAUAUGGUUGGCAGCCAAUGCAAAAAUAAAAUAUCCAUUACUUGUUCUAUAGGGGAACUAAACAAUAUGCUACAGCAGUUGUACAAAGUCUGGUACCCUUCCUCUUAGUAUUUCUCUUCCCACAAUGGGAGUGACUGGGAAAAUAGGUCUCUCAGCUGAGCACUUUUUCCUUCCAUCCUUCCUACAGACACCUUAAUUCUCACUAUGUUGCUACAAGGGUAGGAUUAUCUUCUCUCUUUUUUCAUAUAAGACACAGCAAAAAGGGAUUCAAUGGCUUGCUGGAGACCAUAAAGAAAGCAAAUUCCCAGAUCACUUUAAUGCAUUAAGAAAUAAUAAUGAAAAUAUGUUUGGCAUCGUAGAGAAACAGGUCUCUUGACUACCUUUCCAAUAUAAACAGUGUACUAAAGAAAAAAAAAUCAAUAAAUGAAAUGCUGUUGACGAGAACCAGAUGAAUCCUUUCCAUGGGACUGGACAGGAUAGUAUGCUUUUCAGAGUGGUGCAUGCAGCAGGGGAUAAUACUGAUAAUAAUAAUAAUAUAUCCGUGAAUCUUAUCUUGCAUAGGUAAAAGCAGAGGAAAACCCGCAUUUGUAAGCAAUGUAUUAAAGUGUCCUGCUGCUUUGUGAUUUAAUAAUGCAGCAAUAAAAGAGAAUCUCCUUUGGAAGGCUGCUGUAUUUUGCCUUCUUGAUCUAA